CCCUCUUCUCUUUCUCCGUUUGCUUUCGAUUCAUCGUUUGUGGGUCGCCCUCUGUUCUUCGUGGUUUCCACUAAUCUUGUUUUUUAAGCGGACAAUUCGUCUUGCCCAUUGCAUGCUUGUGGAAAUUAUCGGAAAAACUCGGUGAGGACUAACGUGAGAGGGCGGCGAGAAUGACGAGUUAUCUAUGGAGGAAGUAUGCCGAUUACUUGUACACCAAGUGGGAGAAGAACAUCCUGUGGACCAUGGUCGAUCCGUAUCGACGGCCUAAAUCUUUCACGCCUCUGGUCACCAUCUACGUCGCUGCUUUUUAUACCGGCGUCGUUGGGGCAGCAAUCACCGAGCAACUGUACAAGGAGAAGUACUGGGAAGAUCAUCCUGGGCAAGAGGUUCCUCUCAUGAUGCCAAAGUUCUAUAAGGGACCCUGGAGGGUGUACAGAGGCGAGGCCAUUCGGUCGGAAAAGUGAGAGAAGUUGGCGAAUGCCUGGGUUCUGUGCUUACACCUUCCAUGCCACACUUCUGUCCUCGCUCAAGUCCGCUGAUUUUACAGAUAUGAAUUCUCAUAUUACUUUGGUUUAAAGCAUAGGAAGUGACACCUGCUGUUGCUAUGUUAGAACAGAUUGAAGAUGCUUUAAUAGGAAUGGGGUUGUGUAUUAAUAAACGGACUCAGUUCUCCUUUGUCAACUAUACCCUUAAAUCUGAUAAUGUGACUUGUAUGUACACAUGCUCCUGCUUUAUGAUUAUGAUAUCGAUUAGGUUUUUUGCCGAA